AUCCCCACCCCCAUCGUUUAUUGCUUUGAGCAGAGGGGUCAAGAUAGUUUGCAGAAAGACCGAAGUUGCAGCUUGCGAGAGUGGAUUGGUGGAGAGCCCCGCCGUCAGGCGGCCCAGAAGUUUGUUCCUGCGUCGCAUCCCGAUCAGGCAUCGCACCACGACUUCCAUGCAUCUUCUCAGGAACAGGCUACAGCAUCACAGGUCCAUCAUCUCGACAUGGUAGCGGAUCCAUCGUUCGGCGCAUGGGGCGCGCUGCGCUAG